UCCACCGGUGGGUCAGAGUGACAAUCUGGAACGUGAUACGGGAGAUAUGGGCUUUCCUAGGAAGAUGGGAGAACGCAAACGGGUGGCUGUGGUGACCGGAUCCAACAAGGGUUUAGGGUUUGCCAUUGUACGGGGUCUAUGUAAACAGUUUGACGGAGAUGUCUACCUUACAGCUCGAAACGAAAGCCUUGGUCAACAGGCUGUGCUGGACCUAAGGAAGGAAGGGCUGAACCCUAGGUUUCACCAACUGGACGUAACAAAACCAGACACUAUUGUCAAACUACGGUCAUUUCUUAAAGACACCUAUGGUGGUCUGGAUCUAUUGGUCAAUAAUGCUGGGAAAAUGGAUAUGGAGUUAUCGGCUGCAAACGCUGAGUCCCUGAUGCGGACCAACUUUACUGGACUGUGUAAUGUGUCAGAGGUCCUCUUUCCGUUGUUACGUCCUCACGCUAGGGUAGUCAAUGUGUCAAGCCUGAUAUCAGUGGUGGCUUUGCGCAAAUGUAGCAGUGAACUGCAGCAGAAGUUAACCAACCGAAAUAUUAGCUCGGAAGAUCUGAAGCGUCUGAUGCAAACUUUUGUAGAUUGCGUUGGGACUCGUGGUGGUCAUGGUUGGCCUACUGGUAAACUAACGGGUGCUUAUGGAGUCUCCAAGAUAGGGGCGACGGUCAUGUCCAUCAUCCAACAGCGGCAAUUGCUGAAUGACACGAGGCCGGACAUAGUGGUCAACGCGUGUUGUCCUGGAUAUGUGAUGACAGACCUCACAGGUCAGAAAGGAAUGAAAACCAUCGAUCAAGGCGCAGUUACUCCCCUUUACUUAGCCAUGUUGCCCCCAAACAUUACUUCUCCCAAGGGUGAGCUCGUAUCGGAAAAACAGAUCGUCAAGUGGGAGAUGACGAAUAGCAAGUUGUAAAAGUGAAGAACUGCAAGACGUAAAAAAAACUGGGAAAGGAGAAUGAUGAUCAAUUCCAAGCCGAAAAAGGAAGAGGAGUUUCAAUACAGCAUGGCUGUUAGUAAUCACACAAUCAUACAGACCAGACUGUGAUAAUGAACUGUCAAUAUAGAUAUACAUUUAUUUAUUUCUUGUGUAGCGUGUUUUAAAAUACAAUUUAGAAGACAUGAAAGUUUUAUCUAUCUAGUAUUCUAGGAGCAUGUAUCAAAAUGAAACCGAUGAAGACUUUACCUAGUGACAUUAAAGCACUACUUACUUACGUAAUUAUUAAUAUACAAAAGAAUCAAAAGGAAAAUAAUUGCUUAGUGCAUGUUGAUAUGUUCAAUUGAUUAUGCUUUUACUUGAGCGAUUCCAAAACGCAAAGACUCUCGUGAAAGUAUUCUUUAAAAUUUCAAAAGCUUGGAUGCCUUAUUCCGUCUUUGCGUAUUGCAGAGUUAUCUUCUCUUGUGA